GAAAAAUUGUUCUUUUGGAGGAGUUAUCUCUGUUAAGGAUGCACUGAUUUUCUUCAGCGACAGUCCUGGAAAUCGAGUUCAUGUUAUUGAUGUGGAAAAACAAAAGGUUAAAGAGACAAUUGCAACCGGAGGAUAUCCUUAUGACUUGUAUUAUCUCCCCUGGCUGGAGGAGGUCUGGGUUCACACGUGGAGUAACUCUCCUUUUGACGUCAUCAGUACUGCGGGAAGUCUAAGGAAGACUCAUACCGCCAUUAAAGCGCAUGUGCAACCAGAAUUUAAAAAGUACAUCAUAUCAGACAAUCGCAAAUCUAACCAUGUCACCUAA